UGCUCUGGCGAGCGCGAACCGGCGAGGAUGGGCAAGGGAUAGAGGCAGAGCCACUCACACCGCCGGGACCCCGAGUUGGGCGACAGACCCUCCGGUCCCCCUUCAGUAGUCGCGGGGUCGCCAGAGCUCUGACUGCUGGGAACCCUCGCCGCCGCCGCCGCCGCCGUCCUGCGACCCCGGGCAGGUAUAGACACGUGCAGCCAUCUACACUGUAGGAUCCCGCUUCCACCGGCUUUGGACAUCGCGGGGAUUUGCAAUGCCACCACCUGCGGACAUCGUCAAGGUGGCCAUAGAAUGGCCGGGUGCCUACCCCAAGCUCAUGGAAAUCGACCAGAAGAAACCACUGUCUGCAAUAAUAAAGGAAGUCUGUGAUGGGUGGUCCCUUGCCAACCAUGAAUACUUUGCACUGCAGCAUGCAGAUAGUUCAAACUUCUAUAUCACAGAAAAGAAUCGCAAUGAAAUAAAAAAUGGCACUAUCCUUCGAUUAACCACAUCUCCAGCUCAAAACGCCCACCAGCUCCAUGAACGAAUCCAGUCGUCGAGUAUGGACGCCAAGCUGGAGGCCCUGAAGGACUUGGCCAGCCUCUCCCGGGAUGUCACGUUUGCCCAGGAGUUUAUCAAUCUGGAUGGCAUCUCUCUCCUCACGCAGAUGGUGGAAAGCGGCACUGAACGAUACCAGAAAUUGCAGAAGAUCAUGAAGCCUUGCUUUGGAGACAUGCUGUCCUUCACUCUGACGGCCUUUGUGGAGCUGAUGGACCAUGGAAUAGUGUCCUGGGAUACGUUUUCGGUGGCAUUCAUUAAGAAGAUAGCAAGUUUUGUCAACAAGUCAGCCAUAGACGUCUCCAUCCUGCAGCGGUCCUUGGCCAUUCUGGAGUCCAUGGUGCUCAACGGCCAUGACCUCUACCAGAAGGUGGCACAAGAGAUCACUAUUGGCCAACUCAUUCCCCAUCUUCAAGGGACAGAUCAAGAAAUCCAAACCUAUACCAUUGCAGUGAUUAAUGCACUUUUUCUGAAGGCUCCUGAUGAGAAGAGGCAGGAGAUGGCGAAUAUUUUGGCUCAGAAGCAACUGCGUUCCAUCAUCUUAACACAUGUCAUCCGAGCUCAGCGGGCCAUCAACAAUGAAAUGGCACACCAGCUGUACGUGCUGCAGGUGCUAACCUUUAACCUUUUGGAAGACAGGAUGAUGACUAAGAUGGAUCCCCAGGACCAGGCUCAGCGGGACAUCAUAUUUGAACUUCGAAGAAUUGCUUUUGAUGCAGAGUCUGAACCAAAUAACAGCAGCGGCAGCAUGGAGAAGCGCAAGUCCAUGUACACCCGGGAUUAUAAAAAACUUGGCUUCAUUAAUCAUGUCAACCCUGCCAUGGACUUUACCCAGACACCUCCUGGGAUGUUAGCUCUGGACAAUAUGCUCUACUUUGCCAAGCACCACCAGGAUGCCUACAUUCGGAUUGUGCUUGAGAACAGUAGCCGAGAAGAUAAGCAUGAAUGUCCCUUUGGCCGCAGUAGCAUAGAGCUGACCAAGAUGCUGUGUGAGAUCUUGAAAGUGGGCGAGCUGCCUAGUGAGACCUGCAACGAUUUCCACCCGAUGUUCUUCACCCACGACAGAUCCUUCGAGGAGUUUUUCUGCAUCUGUAUCCAGCUCCUGAACAAGACAUGGAAGGAAAUGAGGGCAACCUCUGAAGACUUCAACAAGGUAAUGCAGGUGGUGAAGGAGCAGGUUAUGAGAGCUCUUACAACCAAGCCUAGCUCCCUGGACCAGUUCAAGAGCAAACUGCAGAACCUGAGCUACACCGAGAUCCUGAAAAUCCGCCAGUCUGAGAGGAUGAACCAGGAAGACUUCCAGUCUCGCCCGAUUUUGGAACUAAAGGAGAAGAUUCAGCCAGAAAUCUUGGAGUUGAUCAAACAACAACGCCUGAACCGCCUCGUGGAAGGGACCUGCUUUAGGAAACUCAACUGCCGGCGGAGGCAAGACAAGUUUUGGUAUUGUCGGCUUUCACCAAACCACAAGGUCCUGCAUUAUGGAGACUUGGAAGAAAGUCCUCAGGGAGAAGUGCCCCACGAUUCCUUGCAGGACAAACUGCCGGUGGCAGAUAUCAAAGCUGUGGUGACGGGAAAGGACUGCCCUCAUAUGAAAGAGAAAGGUGCCCUUAAACAAAACAAGGAGGUGCUUGAACUUGCUUUCUCGAUCUUGUAUGACUCAAACUGCCAGCUGAACUUCAUAGCUCCUGACAAGCAUGAGUACUGUAUCUGGACAGAUGGGCUGAAUGCGCUGCUGGGGAAAGAUAUGAUGAGUGACCUGACGAGGAAUGACUUGGACACGCUGCUCAGCAUGGAGAUCAAGCUCCGCCUCCUGGACCUGGAAAACAUUCAGAUCCCCGACGCACCUCCACCCAUCCCCAAGGAGCCCAGCAACUAUGACUUUGUCUAUGACUGUAACUGAAGCGCUCGGGGUCCAGAAGCUCCCCCCUCCAAAACUGGAAGAGCUAGCUAACAGGAGAGAAGAAUGAAAACGCUCCCAUGCCUUGGAAUCCGCUGUGGUAGAGGAAAGCUGUGGUCCACAUUUCCUUUGGCCCCAACGCCUCUAGCCCCGGCGUCUUCCUGCCCCUCCCUGGCGUCCUGCUCACCGCCCUGAUUCCAUUUCUAGACUCCGAUGCUUUAGGUCACCUCCCGUUGCUGCAGCCUAAGGUGGGAGAAAAGCAAAACCCACCGCCAGUAAGAGAGCCAGAGGGCCCUUCCAUCUUCAUCCCAGCAGGCAAGCCCACCCCUCCUGGAGGCUGAAAGCCAGCAGCACCAGACCGCCCCCAAACCUACAGCCAGACCCAGGGGUGUGCCCGAGGCCUGUGUCUGGAAGAAACAGUCUAGCUACUUGAGAGGACCAAACACCUCCUCGUUCCCCUGCUCUCUAGAGUCCGCUCACACCACCAGUUCCAUGUGAAUUGAAAUCUGCUUCCAAACCCCCUCCCUCCCACAUCCCGGCCUUUGCCUGCCCUGUUCCUCUCUGGUCCCAAGAGCAACAGCAGAAGCUUCUUCCUAGUUCUUCCCAGGGCUGGGUCUCCACAGUCCGUGGUUCCCAUGGCCACUUCACGUCUGCCCUGUGACUGCGACCACCCUUCCUGCCUCCCAGCUAGUCUUGGCUUUCCUCUCCCUGCCCCAGCCCAGACCUGCCCUCUUCAUUGCCACACACCCUUCCAGCGCCUUAGCUGAAAGCACAAAUGGUGAAACCAGCCCCCUUGCUCCAUCUCUAAUGUGCUAAAUCUAAAAGCCCCGAUGAGAGGCAGUUGCUUAUCGAAGGGUUUGGUGGUCCUUCUCCUGGUGGUUCUGCUGAGCACAGGUUUCCACAGGAUGGUCAAGUAUCCAAGUUUACAUCGUUGUAAUUAUUACAGGUAUUGACAGUUUGCAAGGGUUCAGGGUUGUUGGUUUGGGGGGGGAUGGGUUAUGUUUUUUUGGUUAUUUUUUUUCUUUGCUUUGUUUUUGUACAAAAGAGUCUAACAUUUUUUGCCAAACAGAUAUAUAUUUAAUGAAAAGAAAAGAUACAUAAAGGUGUGUACUUUCCAGGGUUUUUUUUUUUUUUUUUAAUUAUUUGAAUCCUAAACCUCUUCCUGAGAAUAACAUUCCCCUAAACAUGCUGUGGAAUAAAAUUAAUUGUGAUGA